GUUUAAACGGUCCCAAAAUUUGAAAUAGCUCAAAAACGAAAGCGGGCUAAUUUUCAGUGCACCCUCCUCCUCCAAAAUUUGAAUUCCCUUUUUAAGUCAACCAAACACAAUACAAAUUCACCACCCAAAAACCUCAUCUCAAAUCCCAGCCAGAUCUUCAUUCAUUCUCUUCGGAUUUCAAUAUGUCCAUGGAGUAUGUCCCAGAUGUCAUACUUCAAUGCAUCUUGUCCCAUAUCAGUAAUGCUCGCGAUGUGGCAGCUUGCAACUGUGUUUCUAAGAGAUGGAAGGACUCAAUGGCUUAUGUUAGAAGCCUCUACUUUCCUCGCAACUCGUUUGAUAGCUAUUCUGCCGAUGAAAGUCCUGAUGAUGUUGUGAAAAGAAUGGUAUCGACAGUUGUGCAAUUGGAAGCGCUAGUUGUAUACCCCCCAUUCUCCCCUCGUGGUCUUGCUUCAUGGCUAUCACUUGUAGGUCUAUCUCUUUCCCGGCUCGAGCUUCGAAUGGACAACCUUGCUGACAAUCAGGCCUCCUGUGAAAGCCCUUCAAAAUUGGAUUGCAUUGGUGCAGCAAGGAAUUUGGAGUCUCUAAAACUUUGGGGUGUGUUGAUGAUACAUUCCCCAAAAUGGGAUGUCUUCCAAAAUCUUAGGACCCUUGAAAUAGUUGGUGCAAGAUUGGAGGAUUCUGUAUUGAAUGUGGUGCUUCAGUCAUGUCCAUACCUGACAAGGUUGUUACUGCUUGGAUGUGAGGGGAUUAGAUCAAUCUCAAUCGACCUUCCGUAUUUAGAGCAAUGUAAGCUGGAUUUUUAUGGUUUGGGGAACUGUUCACUUUCGCUAACUUCCCCAAAGAUUGAAUCUCUUGAGGUACAAGGCUGUAGUUGGAUUAGGGUCCCUGAAACCAAGCAUUUGAAGAAUCUUACAAUAUCCAAUAGUGCAGGGAGAGUAUACAACAUUGAUUUCGGAAACCUUUCAGCUCUGGAGUUCCUGUCUAUGAGGGGGAUCCAGUGGUGCUGGGAUGCAAUAUGCAAAAUGCUGAAACUGGCAAGUGAGGUGAAGCAUCUUUAUAUGAAGGUUGAAUUCACUGGGGACUAUGAGGCUCUUCAAGCCUUUCCAGAGAUUGAUUUUGUUGAGUUUUUCAACAGCCAUCCCAAGCUGCGCAAAUUUGAUGUCCAUGGAGCCAUGUUUGCAGCACUAUGCCAAAGGAACAGUCUGAAACAUGUGGAUCCAGGAUUUGUGAUUCCAUGUUUAGAGGAGGUUGUGAUCACAGUGAGAUCACCACUGAAGGCUGAACAAAAAAUGAGUACUCUAGAGUCCUUGCUGAAGUAUGGGAAGAAUCUAAGGACCAUGGUUAUCAAGAUUCUUCAGAUGAAGAGCUCUGAGAGCAGCGCUGAUGAUUUUUUUGAUGACAUUUGCCGAUUUAGAUACAUGAACUAUGGGAUAGUUCGAAUAGAAUAAAGCUCAGAACAGGCUAUUAUUUCUUGAUGCGUUCUAAUACAGGACAUUUCAUGUUGAUUUCCAGUUUCAGCUGGACUGCUGAGCUGAUGAUGACUCAAUGUUUUGAGGAGCUAAUUUGUUGUUCCGAACAUCAUUUAAAAAUUGAUUUUCUUUUUUAGCCAAUUUAGAGAAUGUGUGUUUGUUUAAAUGUUUGAUGAAUGUGAACAUACGUUUGCCCUCACAUCCUUUGGCUUUUUAGCCUCAAAAUAUGUGCAAAUGGAUUUUGAGGAGAGU